GUACAAGAAUGUGGAGAAGGGGUGCAAAUCUUGAAGGUGCCACAGCAAAUUUUGUAGAAACAGAACAGUUGGUUGAGGACGAAGGUCUCACAUCCUCAUUUAUACAGGUUCCAGGCUCCAUUCCACUUCUCUGGGAGCAAAUAGUGGAUUUGAGCUAUAAACUACGGCUCAGCAUUAUUGAACAUGAAGGAACUCCGAAAGUUGUUCAACGCCACUUUUUUGAUCUUUCACAACGAUAUGGCGAUACAGUUGUUAUUGAUUUGACUGAUAAACGAGGUGAUGAAGGAAAUUUAAGCAAUGCAUUUGCUGCUGAAAUGGACAAAAUUCCUGGUGUCAGGUAUGUGCAUUUUGAUUUCCAUCAUGUUUGUCGUGGAGGGAACUUUGAUAAUUUGCAAGCCCUCUACAUUCAAAAUGAGGGAGUUAUUCAGAAACAAGGAUAUUUUCUUAUGAACUCCAAACGAGAGAUUUUGUUGGAGCAAAUCGGUGUAGUUAGGUCCAAUUGCACACAUAGUUUCCUUGCAAGAAAAUCAUUGGAUUCACAGUUGCUGCGGAUGGGAGCAUUAUCAUCAUCUGAAAGCAUUUCUCUCUCUGAAAACAUUAAUGAUACAUUAAAAAAAUUAUGGGUUGAGCACGGUGAUGAGCUAAGCUUGGAGUAUGCUGGUUCUUAUGCUUUGAAAAGGGAUCUAGUGAGAUACGGAAGGCAGACAUUACCUGGAUUAAUUAAAGAUGGUACGAGUGCUCUUUCACGAUAUUAUUUGAAUAAUUUUCAUGACGGAAUGAGACAGGAUGCUCUAGACCUUAUUAGCGAUUAUUAUACAGUCAGCCAAGGCAGACCUUUUCAAAUUGGUGGAUUUGAAUCUGCUUCGUACCUUCCUGUGGCUUCAGCAACCAUUGUUGGAGGGAUUACUGCAACAACUUUCACUCUUAGCCAAGUAGAACGGAACGCACAAUACUUCAUCUCCAUUAUCUGUGCGGGCUUGACAGCUGGAGUAGUAGCCUUGGUGAAAGCCAAUGAAAAACAGUUUUGCUCUAGGCCCCGUUUGUGUAGUCUGAUCUAA